CCACCCGGGAGGUCUCCUGUUCCGGGAGGAGGCGGGGACGGUGGGGAUUCUGGAUCGGCUGUGCGGUGGGACCCCAGCCUGUUGCUCCUGGUCUCUUCUGUGGGGGGAGGAUGGCGGGAUCCAGCUCUGGAGCAGAGCGCUUAGAGAUCCAGAAAGAAGCCGGGUUAGCGCGGGACAAGCCCCGCCUGACUCAGGGGAAUGACUCUCUUGCUUCCUUCCUCCUGUCGUGUCAAUGCAGCCUCGGACUUGGACCUCAGAGGAGGACAGCCAGUCUGCCGGGAAGGGACACAAAGGCCUUGUUAUAAAGUCAUUUACUUCCAUGAUGCUUCUCGAAGACUGAACUUUGAGGAAGCCAAUGCAGCCUGCAGGACAGAUGGGGGCCAGCUCCUUAGCAUCGAGUCUCAGGAUGAACAGAGAUUGAUAGAAAAGUUCAUUGAAAACCUCCUGGCGUCAGAUGGUGAUUUCUGGAUUGGGCUCCGGAGGCGGGAGGAGAGACAAAGCAACAGCACAGCCUGCCAGGACCUUUAUGCUUGGACAGAUGGCAGCACGUCAGCAUUCAGGAACUGGUAUGUGGAUGAGCCUUCAUGCGGCAGUGAGGUCUGCGUGGUCAUGUACCAUCAACCAUCGGCUCCUGCUGGUGUCGGGGGCCUCUACAUGUUCCAGUGGAAUGAUGACCGAUGCAACAUGAAGAACAAUUUCAUUUGCAAAUAUUCCGAUGAGAAACCAACAGCUCCUUCUAUAAAGCCUGGAGGUGAAGGAACAGAGCCAGCAACACCCAUACUUCCGGGAGACGCAGGGAAAGAAGAUGCCAGAGAGACAUUUAAAGGAAACAACGGUAUGGACAGAACUCUCCAGGGGAAAAUAGAAGCUGCCUUGAAUCUUGCUUACAUUCUAAUCCCCAGCAUCAUCCUUCUCCUUGUGGUCAUCACAGUUGUGUGUUGGGUUUGGAUCUAUAGAAAGAGGAAACGGGAGCAGCCAGGCCCCAGCACAAAGGAGCAGCACACCAUCUGGCCCUCUCCUCGCCAAGGGAACAGCCCAGACCUAGAGGUUUACAACAUCAUCCGAAAACAAAGUGAAGCCGACUUAGCUGAGACCCGGCCAGACCUGAAGAACAUUUCAUUCCGAGUGUGCUCUGGAGAAGCCACUCCCGAUGACAUGUCUUGUGACUAUGACAACAUGGCUGUGAACCCAUCUGAAAGUGGAUUCAUGACUCUGGCGAGCGUGGAGAGUGGUUUUGUGACCAAUGACAUUUACGAGUUCUCCCCGGACCGAAUGGGGAGGAGCAAGGAGUCUGGAUGGGUGGAAAAUGAAAUAUAUGGUUAUUAGGAUACAUGAAAAACACUUGAAUGAACAGGAGUGGGAAAGAAAGGAGGAGCAAAAUUCUCCUGUUUUCUAUGAGGAAAAGACUCAGAAUGUGUAUGAAAAUGCUCAGAUCAGGUCAUGGGGGAGAACAUGUGAUCUCCAUUGAGUUUGGCCAUAUCCCCUUUCCCAAUUUCUUUUCCAGACCAACCUUCUGAGAAAUUGCCCUGCCCACCAUCAGGCACGUAGUAGAAAAUAACUACCAAUGGAUGGGUUAUUUAUGACUUUCAAGGGACAACACUUUCCUUGCCAGGGUAAGGUUGUGGCUGCAGGACCUGGGAAACCCACCACUAGGUUCUGUUUUUCCUACUCUAUACAGCAGCACAUGUAAUCACAAAGAGACAGAAAUUACAGAAUCUUUUCAAACCCCAUGUACUCUGGCAUUGGGCUGGCCUGUGCAUUGGCAAUUCUCAGAUCGUUUUUUUUCAAAGAAUCAAAUCAAAUCCAAUCAAAAGCAGGAAGCAGAAUGUUGGUCUGUCUGUGUCUAGAGACUUUCCUCAGCAUGUGGCCUCAGGGGACCUCUUUUUCUUUCUCCUCACAUCCAAACUUGGAAAUAUCCAACUUGGAAGUACUUUACAAACUAGAACUGAAAUCUGAGUCUUGGCUUCUAGGCUUGUGUGCCCCACCCUGAUCGUGUUUGUCGUCCUGCCUUGUGUGUUUGUUUUACAGAAGCAUCAACAUGAUAUUGCUGACAAUGGUAAUUAUUCUUCCCUUUUGUUUUAGGGACCUGUGUCAAAUACUUUUGGACUUGAAUCCACAGAAAAUUUUCUUAUAAACUUACUUGAUGUCAGUUGUUUACACUUGGGAGGUCUGAGAGUUCUUUCUAUCACCUGAAAACUCCUUCCAUCUUGUUAUUUUAAGUUUUCAUCAUGUAUUUUUUCAUAGUUUGUCAUUUUGCCUCCUGAAUGGCGCCCCAAAGUAGACAGAGUUAGCUGGUCUGGGUCAGAGCAGUAUCACAGUCAGCAGAUGGUAAUCACCACCCAAUUACCCACCACACUAGGACAGAGAACAGAGUGUAAAACACACGUCACUUAUGCCUGUUUCCAGGAAGUGAUUUUGUGGAUUUAAAGCAACAAGAGUAAUGCCGUGGUGAGGACCAAUUCAUCGCCCCAAAACAUCAGAGUUCCCAUUUUGCUUUAGAUAUCCUGGCUCUGUAACCUGUCCUUUUAACCCUCCCCUGUGCUGCCCUCUUCAGGCCCCUGUUAGGCUGUGCCUUCAUCAUCUGCCCUAGUAAUCCUACCUCCUACACCCGAGACAGCACCUGGCACUGAGUAGAUGAUCAAUAAUUGUUGAAUGGAUGAACAAUUUAUUUUUCGGGUCGUUGUAGAAAAGCCUAUGUAGGGCAGCUUAAAAAUUUAUAGGACCUGUUGGUCACACUCCCCGGAGUGGGGGAGGUAAGUGAGUUGUUUUAGUUUUAAAAGCUUUCCUUUUGCCUAGGAAGAAAGGAAGCUGGUGAGUUGCCUAGGAAGCUGGUGAGUUGCGUUAACAACUUACUUUAUGUCACUGAAGCUGGUGACCAAAAUGUUAAUGGGACUAAUAAGCACAGCUGCAACUUUUUACCCAGGCCCUUUUAAUUUGGGUUUAAAUUUCUCUGACUCUCCUUUGGGGAGGUAGAGUUGAGGCUUGCACCGCUGGGUUCCUGGUCUGGUUGCUUCUCAGAUCAGCCCUUUCCUUGCGGCCUGCUCAACAUCACAGUGAUUAUCUUAGCUGUGCAUCAGGUGGACAGAAUUGGGUUUGGUUACAGAUUUGGAAAGGCAGCCAGGAGCUUCUUUCUCAGGGUUCAUCAACCCCCAGCCAUUAAAGUAAGUCAGUGACCAGCCCAGUGGCUGCCUAGGCUCUGGUCCUAGAGGCAAUCACAGGGGACUCACCUCACCUGGAUACUGCCAACCUUCUGCACCAAAUUUACCUAUAAUAGCAAGGAACUAGUUUUGGGGCUUGGUUUGAACGGACAUCUCUUGGUGAGUACUUCGUGUACAAUGACAUGUGACCUUGUUUCUUCUGUUUGGUUCAUUUGGGUGAAGCUCUGACUUUUGGGGAGGAGCUCAUGCUCACAGAGGUACCCUCAGCUUCAUUUGGUUUGUUCAUUGUUGUAACUUUUUGGUAUCUUUGAAUAAAACUAGCCGUGUUCUCACUGGGAUAUGGGAAAUGACAAUUUCAUCCCCACAUGCAGUCCUUUAGGCUGUAUUCUCUAAAAUGACAAUCUUUUUUUUUUUUUCUGCAACACCAUUUGGCCACAAUAUUCGUUAGACUCCUAAGAAAAAUGACCAAAUAAUGGAUCUAUAAAUUAUAAUCCCAUCUUGCAAUGGAUUUGUUUUAUAAAAAGAUACUUGGAAACUGGGCCUUUAAGAUUUUGUUUGCAUCUUGUUUGUGUAUUUGUAUAUGUGUCCCUGUAUAUUGUAAAUGUAAGAUGUUUCCUAAAAUGAAUUUUUUAAAGUACUCCAUUUAGUUGGCUUAAAGGCAAACGCUUAUAAUAAUCAGGCAUUCUAAAACUCAGAAAAUGGAAACUCAAACAUUUUUCAAAGUUAUGUGAUCUGGGAAAAUGUUUGAUAUUAAAGCUAAUUUCAAGUUGUUGGUAUUAUUACAUUGGACCUGUCUUCAGAGUUAUCAACAUUAGAGGUAGAAUUUCUGUUCUACCUGUUUGCUGAAAGGCAGGUUCGUGUUAUCUCUAUUGCAAAAUUUGUCAGAAGAGAAAAACCGCAUGGUGUUGGUCUUUCUACCACAGUUCUAUGUAUUUGAGUUUGUUUCUAUUUUGUUUGUUCAUUUGUUUUUGUUUCAGAGAGAAACUUUAUUACUUUGACUAGUGCAGUUUUGUGGGUAAUCUAAGAACAAAUAAAUGUAAAUAAUGUUAAUAAAUGUAA